CUCCACUCCCGCCGCUCCCGUGCUGUCCCCGCCGUGUCCCGCUGUCGCCGUGCCCGCAAUCCCCACGCGGGGCUCGGCCACCUUCCCCAAGUUCUGUUUCCACUUUCCAGAUGGAAAUGUCAGAAGAUGAUAAUAAUAUGGAAGAAUACCCCACUGAAAUUCAUGAAUAUCUCGCAGCAUUUGAAAAGUCUCUUGGUUCUGUAGAUGAGAUGCUGAAGACAAUGAUGUCAGUUUCUAGGAGUGAGCUUUUGCAAAAGUUAGAUCCUCUUGAGCAAGCMAAGUUGGAUUUGGUUUCAGUGUACACAUUAAAUUCAUUGUUCUGGGURUACUUGGCUACCCAGGGAAUCAAUCCAAAGGAACAUCCAGUGAAACAAGAACUGGAGAGAAUAAGAACAUACAUGAACAAGGUCAAAGAAAUAACAGACAAGAAAAAGGCAUCCAAACUUGAUAAAGGAGCUGCUGCUAGAUUUGUAAAAAAUGCACUCUGGGAACCAAACGCAGAAAAUGAACAUAMUUCCAAAACUCCUGCUAAAGGAAAAAAGAGACAGAAGGACUAAAUCUUUGUUUCCCCUCAUAAAAAUUGCAGACACCUAGAACUGACUUUGAAAUGCUUUGCAUACUGCAUACAUCUCACAGAGGUGCUUUGUAACAGAUUAAUUUUUACUUGAGGAUUUUACAGUAUUGUAUUUUGUCCAGAACGCUUGUCUCCGAGGUGAUCACUUUGAAUGUGUAUCUGAAGGUGCCAUUGGAUGCACGUUUGACAUUUCAUUACUCAAAUGAUAAUGACCUGACAUGCACUUGCUGGUAAUAAAUACUAGUGAUGUUUUGUUUAUAAUGCCUACAAAUUCAAUUUUUUAAAAAUAAUUUAUUGACACUUUUUAUAUAUCCUCAGUCUCCUCAAUAUUAAAAACUUUCAAACAGUGUUAUCCAGUCUGUGGUAUUUAUGAAAGAGUGUUGUGUGAAAUGCCCUAUUUGUAGAUUUUAGUAAGGUUUAUUCACUAUGUUACACUGUUUCCUUUUCAGCCUCUCAACUUGAACAUGUGCAAUAUUUCCUUACCUCUGUUGCUUUGGAGAAAGUAGAGCUUCAAGGGCCACAAAGCAAACACUGUGGAUUCCACUCUUAAGACCCUGUGUCUAAUUAAUGGAAAAAUGAGAUAUCCCUCAAGGGCAGUGUGUAGGGUCCAAAAAAAAAAAAAAAAAAGAGCAAGCUGGGGAUGGCUAUUAGGAAACCAUACAUGCAGGAACUUGAUGGAAUUAUGGCUGCAGUACUCAUCCCUGAGUUCUGACAUUUGGAGAAAUGUGCUCUGAAGUAGUAGGGGUGUGGCCAUCUAUUGGUGUUUCUCAAAUCUUCAUUAGGGAAAGCGUCCUCUGCUAUAAAAACUACUGCUCCAUCUUGCAAGUAAUUGUAUUUUUCCUCAAAAUGUGAAGUCAUUUAGGAAGGGAGGUGUGUUGGUUAGGUGGGUUCAGUUUUCAAUAUACUGCAAUACAAAGCUCAAUUAUGUGCCCAAAAGCUAUUUAACAAUUAACAAAGAAUUAACAAUUGCAAAAGAAAAAUACAUGAUUUAGCUCACAAAAAUGCAAUUUGGGUAGCAGUCCAUAUAGGUGUUUGGGUAAUGUUUUUAGUGUGAAAGACUAAAUGAUAAGRGCAAAAGAAUCCAUAUAGAUCUAGUACUGCAAGCUGAAUGAUGUUCAAUGGAUGGUUACUGUCCUUGGCAUUGUAUUGCAGCAGGCAAUGCAGAGUGUGAACUAAAUUGAAUUAGGUACUAAAAUGCAGAUUUUUCUCUCAUUACUAUGUAAAAGUACAUAUUUGAAAGUAAAAGUUCAAUGCAUUGACAAGUUUAUUAAACUCAUAUGUCUAGAAACAUUUAUAGUGACUGGUAUGAAUUUACAUGUUUUUGUUUAUGAUAAACUCUCCAAGUAAAUAGCAAGUCCUUCAACCCAGCUAGCAAGAGAGCUAUUKAGAUGUGGGUACCUAACCUUGCCUCAAGUCCACAGGUUUGCUUAUGUGAGUGUGCAUGUCAAAGGCCCAUAUAAAGCUGAAAUGACCGUGCUUUGUAUCUCCAUGUUAACAUCAUGGUUGUACUAAAUGAAGGAGCUGUUGGACUUGGAAGGGKUUUUUUUGUUCAAUUAAGGUGAAAAAUUCAACAAAGUGUGUUCUUGACCAAAAGUAACACAUUUGUGUAAAGCAGUUCUUCUCAACGGGUUUGGACAGUGUUUAUUUGGAAGUGUGUGUACCCUGUCUUGUACCCCUUUCAACCUGAUACUGMAGGUGGCAGCAUUAGACUGUUAUAAAUAGACUUGUGGACUUGUGAAUGUUGAGGUCUGCAUACACAAAGCAUGAGGUUCAAAAUGUUAAUCUCAAACCCAUCAAUAUUAAAAAAAUGAUAAAAGGUCAGGUGUUCUUUGGACURGUGGGGAAGACAAUUGGGUAGAAGUGGUCUGAAAUAGCAAAAAACAGAGCACUUUAAUAUAGAAAUUUUCUGGGAGAUAACAUCUGCUUUGAGAGCCAUUGUCUUGAGGAAAUGAGUAGCUUGUACUUAUGAACAGUGCUGUUAAUUAAAAGGGGAUUGGAGGACRUUUCCAUUACAUGAUUUUCCUCUUGAGCUUCAAUUACAGGUUUUGUUUUAAAAGGAUAAUUUCAGAAAAGGAUCAUAAUUCAUUGUCCAGUAGAGUACACAGGUUUCAUUGGUAAAUGUUUAAACAAGAGUAAUGCAAGGCUAUUAGCUAAGWCUUACUGAGGUAAAGUCCAUCUGGUAUAAUUAAUUAUAUGCAGGUAUUUGACAUUUGUAAUAGGCAGUUUAAAUAGAUAUAGCAAAUGCAAUUUUGCAAACUUUUAAGAUUUGCAUCAUUCAGUGUGGCUGUGCAUAGUGUGGAUUUGUAGCUUUGCUUUUCUGACACAAAACAACCCAGACAAAUUCCCCAAAAACUAAAAAUCCUCAUCAUGUGCUUGUUAUUCACUAACAGCCCUAUUAGAAAGAAGCUUGAAGUCAUGAUUAUGAAUGCUAAAUGGUUUUUACAUCAUUGAAGUGAUUAUUCUGGCAUUUAAUGAGUUCUUUGAACUUUUCUUGCUUUCCACUCUUUGCACCAAGKAAGUGGGGAGGUUGGUUAGAGCACAUGAAGUUAGCAGCUGGGACUAGAAUUUGAUAUGAGGUUGCAUGAGGAAUUUUCCAAGUUCACAAAAAUAUAUUUUAGAAGAGAAAUGAAAGUGCAGCUCAGGAURUAAAAUCCCACUCAUGUUAGUGGCAAAUAGCUACAUAAAAAUAGAAAUUUGACAUUAACUGUCCUAGCCAUAUAAAGAGAUUUUUACUGCAACAAAAUGAGUACCUUGGACAUGAGAAACUAGGUAUUCUCCGAGCUGUGCRAAGUUUCUACAGAUCUGCUCCUAGGAAACAUCUCUCUGACAGAGUUUACUGUGGCUGUAAACAAAGGGGAAGUUUACUAGGACUUAAAUUUCUAGCCUUAAAAAUUACUCAGGAAGUCAGCAUGUCAAUGAUACUCAUUUCUGCUCCUUCAGUAUUUUUAUUACUGGAGAACUGCAUUCCUAAGARUUUGUUUUUUAUGAAGUCACUCUGUCUUCCUGGCCUUGAAAAUCAGUGCUAGACAGAGCUUUUCUCAAAAAGUAUUGCAGUUUUAUUGAAAAUCUCAAACAUAUUUAUCUGGAAUAACAGAAGCUAAGCAAACAAAAGUCUGCCAGGAUUAAAAAUUUUCUUGGGUUUCAGAGGGUAGACUGAUCACUUGCCUGUGAUUUUAAGAAAAAGGGUGCUAGGCUACAUCAGUUACAGAAAGUAAAUACAACUUGUCAUUUUAGCAUUGCACAAUACACAUUAGUUAAAAAAAUGCAUUUAAAUUCUGCAGUGGGACAGUGUAAUUUUCUUUUUCCUAAUCUGCUUUGACUAAUAUUUCUUGUAAAACUUUCAGAAAGUCCACAUGAAUGCUUUUGUGUUGCAGAGCACUCUUAGCAUCUUGGCAUUAAUGGUGUUUUUUUGUUUUU